GGUUAUGUGUCAGUGUCAAAAUCGUUUAGGUUAGGUAACAAUAAUGUUCGACCACUUGUCAUUUAAAAAGACUUUUGUAUAUCCACAUUGUUUUAUUGAUAAAAGAAGAUGACAAUAAGGAUAUUGUGUAGAAAAUAUUAUCUAAUUAUGAGAAAAUCUAUUCAUUUUAAUUCACCGCCACUGAUAAAUAACACGUGGAAUAGUUUGUGUGAAAUGACAUAAGACGUGUCUUUCUUUAUUCAUCACAAGAAAACAAAAACAAGAAAAGAAAAUAAUGUUCUUAUCUAAUAUCUACAUAUAUACAGAAUAAAAAAGAAACAGUCCUAAUGUUAUUGUCGUGUUUUCUGUCCAAUAUAUAUUAAAUACGUUCAUAACACGUUGCAAGACAUCGUGAUAUAAUAGAAAGUGAAAUUUACAGUGCCCCAAUGGGCGGGGAAAAAAUCAAUAAGAAAGUGACAUUUUAAUCAGUGCUUUAAUAAAUAUUUUGUCAACAUUAUUAACAAUCGAAAAGAAGAUUUAUUGAAACAAUAAUUUAAUGUUGGAAAUAUUUAACAGUUCCUUAUGUGGAUUGUUUGGAAAAACAGUGUCAAAGAGUUCGACAUUUUAUGAAGUGAAAGUUAUACGCAUUUGAGGAUCCAAUUUCACAAGGACCUCGAUUAUAAGAAAUGAGAAAGAAUCUAAAAAGUCUUUUGCAAUUUCUGUCUUGACAGAAGUUUUUAAAUUCAGAAUUAAUUCGUCCAGAAGGGAAAAAGCACCAAAAUGCAAUAUUUGACAGUAGCUCAAUUAUUGUCGUGUUUGUUAUGUUUUUUAUUUUUAUGUCAAUUUCCAAUGGUCAUGGCUACUCAUAUUAGUGGAACUUUUGAGACUAAGGAAUUUUUUCGAUUUCUCAAUAAAUUUGGCUUUCAAAAAACAGAUCAACAUCGACAGAGAGAAACUUAUGGUUAUAUUUUUGGGAAUAUAACCUCAAAAUCGAAACUCUCGGUGCCUGUCACGUUGGCUGUUCUAGAUCGAGAUCAUUUUUUAGAGUACUAUAAUAAUCGUGACAUUCGUGAUAAAAGUAGAGCUUGUGAAAUGAUGUUUCAUACGUUAAAUCAAAGUUCUUAUGAUUCUAAGUGCAACGAGGAGGGUCAAGAUUUUUUGAGACGUGUACCAUGUCCGAAGGAAAAAUUGUGUAUAGACGAGGAGGAGCAACCUUGGAACGUGAUAAAGAAUCAUCAGUUUACAUUUACUAUUGAAAAUGUGUGGCAACCAAAUUUUUGGUACAUUAGUUUAGUGUCGUGUUAUCGAAACAUGACAACAUGUAAAUGGGAGCAUUACGAACAAAAUGUAAAACUUGAUUAUGAUAUUUGGCUAGUGAAUGGGAAUCCAAAUACAAGUAGUUUAAAUACCUUUAGUUAUCAAUUUUCCUAUGAUCGACAGAAUACAAUAGAACUCUAUUUACUGUUCUUUUUGUGCUACGUCAUAUUAGUGCCAUUACAAAUGUAUGCAGUAAGAUUACAAAAGCAUCCAGUCACGAGAUUAUUUACAGCGAGUUUACUUUUGGAGUUCAUAGCCUUGUGUUUAAUUGUUAUUCAUGAAAUUAAAUUCGCUUUCGAUGGCGUUGGUUACGAACAACUCGAAGCCGCAGGGGAUAUUUUUGAUAUUCUCUCAAGGACUUCCUUUAUGCUGUUGUUGCUUCUACUGGCCAAAGGAUGGGCAGUUACGAGAAUGGAAUUAACAUGGAAACCGUUAGUUUUCACAAUUUGGCUCUUUUACGGGAUUGUACAUAUUAUGCUCUAUGUUUGGAAUAUGACGGAAGUCGACAUUAUUGAGGAUAUUGAUGAGUAUCAAACAUGGCCCGGAUGGUUUAUUCUCCUAUUUCGCAGUAUCAUUAUGAUUUGGUUUUUGUUUGAAUUGCGGAAUACAAUGACGUACGAGCAUAAUACUCAAAAAUUAAAUUUCCUCCUUCACUUUGGUGCAUCGUCACUCGUUUGGUUCAUUUAUCUUCCAAUCAUCGCACUUAUUGCCCUUCAAGUUAGUGCGCUUUGGAGGUUCAAACUUUUACUAGGUAUCACGUAUUCCGCUGACUGUUUUGCGUAUUGUGUGAUGGCACAUUUAUUGUGGCCAACACGAAGCGAACAAUAUUUCCUAUUGGCGCAAGGCGCUGACAAUGGCGAUGAACUUGAUGAAUUCAAUGAGGCGCCACAUGUGUUAAAUAAUUAUGUGGAACCAUCGGAAUUAAGUAAAGUCAUAGCAUAAAUAAUGUGUGAUUCCAGGUAAAGAGAUUUUAAUUGUACAUUUAAAAAAAAAAAAAAAUUAAAUGAUUAAGAAAUGUGAUGAAUAUUUGCCAAACAGUGAAACAUGUAGGAAGUAAUAGGAAAGACUUUAACCUGUGCUAUUUGAGACUGAAAUAUCUUGUACACUCUUUUACUAAUGAUCUUUGUAUAUCUUCUAUCGUAAUCUACAAAGUAUUAUAAAAAUAGAUGUUCUUCAUGUAUAAAUACAUGAAAUUUCCCACAUUUAUCAUUACUAGAAAAUUUUAAAACAAAACUAUAAUACAAAAUUUUAUUUCAGUAAAUCCAAUUUUAAUAAUUAAACUAAUUUAAAUUUUCAAUAAUUAAUAAUUUUCAAAUGAAAGAUUUAUCAUUUUUUUGAUUUUAAAUAAAUAUUAAAUAUUUGAAAUGAUAAAACGAUAUUUUAUUCAUUGUAUUUCUAUAACUAUUAAUCAUUGAAAGAGAACGUAAAUAGUGCAGGAUUAAUCUUUAAUGAAAAUUAAAUUGGAAAUAUUUGUACAGUGUUAAGAAGAUAUAGUUUUCAUGACAGGACAAAACUUUUUGUAUAAUUUUUGUUUUUUUUUUUGUCAAAAUAUGAUUUUGACUGCUAAUUUUUCGCUGUUCGUUUCUCGUAUAUAUUUUAAAAGUGAUAAAUGUUUUAGAAACAUUUUUAAUCACAAAGUAAUAGAAUAACUCGAAGUAUUUUAUAAACACUUUAUUAAACUAUAUAUGAUGCUCAAAAAAAA